AUGUCCACACUAGCUUCACUUGCAAGACCAGGUUGCCAAGGCAAGUGUGGAAAUGUAGAUAUUCCAUACCCUUUCGGAAUUGGAUCAUCCGAUUGUUUUCUUGACGAACGAUUCGAAAUCUCCUGCAACAACAGCUCUCCCACGCCUGUUCUCAAACACACUCAGCUACACGUACUUGAUAUUUAUUUAAGUCCUUAUUCCGAUUACGAUUAUUCCCAAUGGAUUGUGGUGAGAAACCCCAUUAGUUUCUUCGAUUGCGGAAACAAGGCAAGGCAAAAAUCAGCAAAUUUAACAGGAACCCCGUUUUACUAUUUGAGUGACAAUGUAUUCAUUGCAGUAAGUGGUGGUGUCCUUGCCACGUUCAAAACAGGGUCAGGCAACAUGCUCUUCGAGAAUGGAUGCUCAUCCAAUAGUACAACAACUACAUCAACUAGUCAUAAUAUUAUUGAUUUUAGUAAGUGCAAUGGCGUUGAAUGUUGUAUCACUUCCUUCCUCAGCCCUAAUUCGAAGGUUGUGGGCGACAGCGUCGAAAUCUCCAUGGAUAAUGAUUCUUCUGGUACUCCGGCAAAUCAUAGCCAAUGCAAAUAUGCAUUCUUGAUAGCUCAUAAGGAAAUUGAUAUACAUAAAACAUUUGGUGAUCUGGAUUAUGUUCCCGUCCGACUAAGUUGGUCCCUUAACAGUACGUAUUUCGAUGUAUUUAAAACACAUGUUAUGCCAUUGCCAACCAGAACUAGCAACUUCCGUUGUUGGACUCCGACGGAGGACUAUGGUAAUUUAUUAAAAUCCUCUUCAGAUCGGAUAGAUCAAUGUUCGUGCGAGUAUGGACUUCGAGGGAAUCCCUAUCUGGUGGGUGGGUGUAAUCAAGGUGUGGGGAGUCCUCUUGGAUUAUUAGUUCUACUUUUUAGUACAUGGAGACUAUAUAGAUUCAUAAAGAAAAGAAAAGAAAUUAAACGCAAGAAAGCAUUUUUCAAACGAAAUGGCGGCCUUUUGUUGGAACAGCAAAUACACGCAAGUGAAAACAAUGUCGAUCAAACGAAGCUGUUCGAGUCAAAAGAGUUAGAGAAGGCAACUGAUAAUUUCAAUAUAGACAGAGUUCUUGGGCAAGGAGGCCAAGGCACCGUGUACAAAGGAAUGUUGGAAGAUGGAAAGAUUGUUGCUAUAAAGAAGUCUAAAAUAAUUGAUGAAGCCAAACUCUCUGAAUUCAUCAACGAGGUUGUCAUUCUUACACAAAUCAAUCAUAGAAAUGUUGUCAGGCUAUUGGGAUGUUGUCUGGAGACAGAUGUUCCACUUCUAGUUUAUGAAUUCAUCCCAAACGGAACACUUUCUGAGUAUAUUCAUGACAUAAAUGCAGAGUUUCCUUUCACAUGGAACAUGAGAUUACGAAUUGCCACUGAAGUUGCAGGAGCUCUUUCAUACUUACACUCAGCAGCUUCUUUUCCAAUUUACCAUCGCGAUAUCAAGUCUACGAACAUACUCCUUGAUGAAAAAUUGAGAGCUAAAGUUGCAGACUUUGGUACAUCAAGAACUAUCUCCUUAGAGCAAACUCACCUGACCACUAUAGUUUAUGGCACAUUUGGCUAUCUAGAUCCAGAAUACUUUCAGUCUAGCCAAUUCACAGAUAAGAGUGAUGUUUAUAGUUUUGGAGUGGUUCUUGUCGAGCUCUUGACCGGACAAAAAGCAAUAUCAGCAACAAGGUCAGAAGAGGAAGGAAGAAGUUUGGCAACAUAUUUCAUGAUGACGAUGGAGGAAAAGAGUAGUAGUAGCCUGUUCGACAUUCUUGAUGGUCAAGUUCUCAAAGAUGCGCCAAAAGAAGAGAUCUUAAUUGUUGCUGACCUUGCAAAGAGAUGCUUGCAUUUGAGUGGAAGGAAUCGACCUACCAUGAAGGAAGUAGCAAAGGAGCUAGAGAGGAGGAUUCAAGGCAUUGAUAAUAAAGAUUCUAAGGGUAGUCAACAACAUAAUUAUGAUUAUGAAGAGCUAGCAUAUGCACCGCUUGAAAUUGAAGACUACUCUUUGAAUGUUUCCACGUCAUCAACUUUUGAUAGGAAUGCUACUAGCUCCUCGUUGCAUCAAGAGUUACCAUUGUUGGAAGUGUGAACAAAUAGUAAUAUCCCUUUUGUAGUACUCUUCACUUUAUUUUCUUUUUGUUUCAAAUUUGAGAGAUCAAUUAUACUGUGGAAUACUUUAUUGGUUAAUAUUGUUAACUUUGGUUUCAUCUCAUUGUAUAAGCAUUGAUAUUAUGUAAUAUAGUAGUACUCGUGUUUUUGUAUGGUUUUGGCCUUUUCAAUUUUCUAAUUAUUUCUUUUUAUACGAAUUUGUAUUGCCAACUAUCUAAUGAAUAUGUUUUUGUAUGGUUGCUUCACAGUAUGCUUACUUUAGACAAAAUCCCCUCCAGCACAUUGAACUGCUUCUUAAGCUUUGCCCUUACCUACACACAUAGAGUAACUAAUGAGCUAUAACGCUCAGUAAGAAAGCUAGUUACAACUUAUGAUUCUACUACCCAAAACAAACUUUGCAUAAC